CCAAACACCAAUCGGAUUCGCCACAAAGCAAAGGAAGUAGCUGUAAGUGGAACACACAGAGAGCUUCACAGAAAUCCCAAUUAUUCCCCAAUUCCCAAUCGCUCUCUCGGUCUAGGGUUUUAAGAGAAAAAAAAUGAUAGAGCUUCUGUACAUGGUGAUCGCGGUGGAGAUGGUUUUGAUUCUGACGCUAAUCUUCAAGACGCCUCUGAGGCAGUUGGUUUUAAUGGCGUUGGACAAGGUCAAGCGAGGGAGGGGACCGGUCAUGGUAAAGACGAUCGCCAUAACGGUGUUCCUUCUGUUCGUCGUCAGCGUCUGCAGCUUCGUCAACAUCCAGAACCACAUCACCGAGGCCGGUGGCGGCAUCAAUCCCACCGACCAGGUUCUCAUGGCCAAGCACUUGCUCGAAGCUUCUCUCAUGGGAUUUUUGCUAUUCCUAUCUUUGAUGAUAGAUAGAUUACACCAUUACAUAAGAGAACUUCGGAUACUCAGGAAGACCAUGGAAGCUGCAAAGAAACAAAACCGAGGCCACGAAAAUGGGAAAAAUGGCAAUGCAGCAGAACUUAAAGCCUCGGAGCAAGAUAUUGCUCAAUUGAAGGCAACGAUCAAGAAGCUGGAAUCUGAAUGUAAGACAAAAACAGAGGAGGCGGAGGCUGCAGAAGGUAAAGCUGAAGCCCUGAAAAAGCAAUCAGAAGGAUUUCUUAUGGAAUAUGAUCACUUGCUAGCGGAAAAUCAAAAUCUUCGGAACCAGCUAGAGUCGAUUGAUCAAAGCCUGUUGGCGUCUGAUAACAAAAAGAGCAUUUGAUGAAGCAAUUUCCUAGUAAAGUCAGUUUUCUGUUUAUACUAGUUGUGCGAGGACGGGCUAUGUUAGAUGUGGUUCGUGAUCAGAGAGAAGAGGAGGGGCCUGUAAUCUGAUUUGUAUCACUAGAUUUCCUCUAAUGUGUUGUCAAACUCUGCAGUCUCGAGUACAAUAAUGAGUUCUAUUUGAUUAUAUACUUUCCAAACGUAGCCGGUUAAACGCCCUUGGUCCGAAUAGGCACCG